AUGGGCGACUUCUCAGUUCCCGUGCUGGAGAUGAUGGAUGGGAUGUGGGACAACAGCAGCUUCCUCUCCUCUGGCCUCCCCCUGUUCCCGUUCAUGUUCAAUAGCUCCAUCUUCAACGAGAGCCUGUUCAACUGCACCAACUCCACCAACACCACCGAUCUCAAGGUACCCUCAGGUCCCAGUGUAGAGGGGGUGCUCAUCCCGCUUAUAUACAUAAUUGUCUGUAUCAUUGGCCUGGGCGGAAACACCUUGGUCAUUCACAUCGUGCUGCACUACUCCAAGACAGAGUCGGUGACCAACAUCUACAUCCUGAACCUGGCCAUAGCCGACGAGCUGUUCAUGUUCAGCCUGCCGUUCCUGGCUGCCCAGAACACCCUCCAGUCUUGGCCCUUUGGCUCCUUCAUGUGCCGCCUGGUCAUGACCGUGGACUCCAUCAACCAUUUCACCAGCAUCUUCUGCCUGACGUUGAUGAGCAUUGACCGCUACCUGGCCGUGGUGCACCCCAUUCGCUCCUCGAAGUGGCGGCGCCCUCAGGUGGCCAAAGUGGUGAACGGCACGGUGUGGGCGCUGGCCUUCCUGGUCGUCCUGCCCGUGGUGAUCUUCGCCAACAUCCAGAAGGCGGGCGGCACCUGCAACAUCGCCUGGCCAAAGCCGACUGAAAUCUGGCAGGCGGCCUUCAUCAUCUACACCUCCACGGUGGGAUUCUUCUGCCCGCUCCUCAUCAUCUGCCUCUGCUACCUGCUCAUCGUCGUCAAGAUUCGCAGCUCCGGGAAAAAGGUCCACGCCACCUCGACCAAGCGCAGGAAGUCGGAGCGGAAGGUAACGCGCAUGGUGGUGAUUGUGGUGGCCGUGUUUGUCUUCUGCUGGCUGCCCUUCUAUGCCCUCAACAUCGUGAAUCUGCUGGUAUCGCUGCCCCCAGAUUACCACGGCCUUUACUACUUUGUUGUGGUGCUUGGCUACGCGAACAGCUGCGCCAACCCCAUCGUCUAUGGCUUCCUGUCAGACAACUUCAAGAGGGGUUUCCGCAAAGCCCUCUGCCGCUCCUCGAGGAAGGUGGAGAACCACGAGCCCAUGGAGCGGCAGCAGCAGCAGUCAGAGGGGAGGAGGGUGCUCAUGCCUCGGGAGAGCCUCCGAAGGGCGAUCCGAAAUGAGGAUGAGGACGAAGAGGAAGAUAUCUCAGAAAUGACUGAGAUCUACAGAAUUUCGCAGAACGGUAACAGCAGCUUACAGCCGCAGACUUCCCAGGCCCUGUUCUUAGCAGCUCAAGGGGCAACAGAGCUGUCGUCCCCAGAAAAGAAAGCCAAAGUCAGGGACAACAACGGCAAAGACCCAGGCAAUGGGCCAACUCUGGCUGUGCCAUCGCUUCUCAAAGGAGCCAAAAACGGGAGCAUCAAAACCCUGCCAGAGGAAGCCUUGGACCAGAGCACCUCACUGGAGAUAAGUUACUUAUAG